GGCGCGAGCGCGCGGGCGGCGCGGACGCGGUGCAGACGGUGACGGGCGGCCUGCGCUCGCUCUACCUGCGCAAGGUGCUGCCGCUGGAGGAGGCGUACCGCUUCCACGAGUUCCACUCGCCGGCGCUGGAGGACGCCGACUUCGAGAACAAGCCCAUGAUCCUGCUGGUGGGCCAGUACAGCACGGGCAAGACCACCUUCAUCAGAUACUUACUGGAGCAGGAUUUCCCAGGCAUGAGGAUUGGUCCGGAGCCCACCACUGAUUCCUUCAUCGCUGUGAUGUAUGGGGAUACUGAGGGCAGCACCCCAGGGAAUGCUCUAGUCGUGGACCCCAAGAAGCCAUUUCGAAAGCUUAGUCGCUUUGGAAAUGCUUUCCUGAAUCGAUUCAUGUGCUCCCAGCUGCCCAAUCAGGUCCUGAAGAGCAUCAGCAUCAUCGACAGCCCUGGCAUCCUGUCUGGGGAGAAGCAGCGCAUCAGCCGAGGAUAUGACUUCUGCCAGGUCCUACAGUGGUUUGCUGAGAGGGUCGACAGAAUCAUCCUGCUCUUCGAUGCCCACAAACUGGAUAUCUCAGACGAGUUCUCGGAGGCCAUCAAGGCCUUCCGGGGCCAGGAUGACAAGAUCCGCGUGGUGCUGAACAAGGCCGACCAAGUGGACACGCAGCAGCUGAUGCGGGUCUACGGGGCCCUCAUGUGGUCCCUGGGCAAGGUCAUCAACACACCCGAGGUGCUGCGCGUCUACAUUGGCUCCUUCUGGGCACAGCCCCUGCAGAACACGGACAACCGCCGGCUCUUUGAGGCCGAGGCCCAGGACCUCUUCAGAGACAUCCAGAGCCUUCCCCAGAAGGCGGCGGUGCGCAAACUCAACGACCUCAUCAAGCGAGCGAGGCUGGCCAAGGUGCAUGCCUACAUCAUCAGCUACCUGAAGAAGGAGAUGCCAAGUGUGUUUGGAAAGGAAAACAAGAAGAGAGAACUUAUCAGCAGGUUACCAGAAAUCUACAUUCAGCUGCAGCGAGAAUACCAGAUUUCUGCAGGGGACUUCCCUGAGGUCAAGGCAAUGCAGGAACAGCUUGAGAACUACGACUUCACCAAAUUCCACUCACUGAAGCCCAAGCUGAUCGAGGCCGUGGACAACAUGCUGAGCAGCAAGAUCUCGUCCCUGAUGAGCCUCAUCAGCCAGGAGGAGAUGAGCGUGCCCUCGCAGCUCGUGCAGGGUGGCGCCUUCGAUGGCACCACCGAGGGUCCCUUCAACCAGGGCUACGGGGAGGGGGCCAAGGAGGGCGCUGACGAGGAGGAGUGGGUCGUGGCCAAGGACAAGCCCGUGUACGACGAGCUCUUCUACACCCUGUCCCCUGUUAAUGGCAAGAUAUCGGGGGUCAAUGCCAAGAAGGAGAUGGUGACCUCCAAGCUGCCCAAUAGCGUCCUUGGCAAGAUCUGGAAGCUGGCUGACUGUGACUGCGACGGCAUGCUGGACGAGGAGGAGUUCGCGCUGGCCAAGCACCUCAUCAAGAUCAAGCUCGACGGCUAUGAGCUGCCCAACAGCCUGCCCCCCCACCUCGUGCCCCCCUCUCACAGGAAGUCCCUGCCGAAUGCCGACUGAGGGGUGUGCCACAGGACAAGGCAGCAGUGCAGGGUGGGAUUGGGGGGCCUGGGCCUGAGGCCUGCUCUGCCACUGACUCACUGAACGACCUUGGGCGAGGCACUGUCCUCUCCAUGCCUCAGUUUCCCAUUCUGUGGAAUGGGGAGGGCAGACACUGGACACUAGAUGAGGUCCUUUCACCUCUAAAAUUCCCUGAGUUUCUAUUAAAAUAUUGGGGGCUGGGGACAGGGUGGAUAAGGAGAUCAAAAGGUUGAGAAGAAAGGGCAGUUGUCCAAAGAGUACCCCGGAGCCUGGAGAAAGACGCAUGUGGAGAUGGCAUAGUGGAAUCCCAGGAACCAUGAGUGGCUGGGGGCUUACUGGGAGUAUUCGAAUCUUUGAGGCUCCCUGGGCUGUUUGUCACUGUGAAUGGCCUCUGUAGCACCUGUCUGUCCCUCAGAGGGCACCAGGAGGCAGCAAUUUUUUAUUUUGUUUCUUGUUAUAUUUGGAGUGGGAAAAAAUAGAGCAGAGGGUUUCUGCUCUCUCCAGACAGUCUGCCAAAGAGAAGAUUGAUGCCCUCAGGUCUGAAAGGAGGAUGUGCCAUGUCUG